CUAUUUCCCUCAUAACUCUUUUUUCUCCGUAUCGUUGGAGCACACUGGUUAACUCCCUUCUCGUGUCUCUGUGGCCUUUACCCAAACACGAAGCAAACAGAAAUCGUGUGGAGCAAGAUAUGUCCGGCAUGGAGAGGUUGCAGCGAAUGUUCGCCGGUGCGGGUGGCGCGUUGGGUCACCCGCCGCCGGAUUCACCCACCCUCGAUUCGUCCGAGCAGGUCUAUAUCUCUUCCCUCGCCCUCCUCAAGAUGCUCAAGCACGGAAGAGCUGGGGUUCCCAUGGAGGUGAUGGGCUUGAUGCUUGGGGAGUUUGUGGAUGAGUACACUGUUCGCGUUGUAGAUGUCUUUGCGAUGCCACAAAGCGGUACCGGGGUUAGUGUCGAAGCCGUUGAUCACGUCUUCCAGACUAACAUGCUCGAUAUGCUCAAACAGACCGGACGACCAGAGAUGGUUGUAGGAUGGUACCAUUCUCAUCCUGGGUUUGGAUGUUGGCUCUCUGGAGUAGACAUAAAUACACAGCAGAGUUUUGAAGCUCUGAAUCAACGAGCUGUGGCUGUGGUUGUGGAUCCAAUUCAGAGUGUAAAAGGGAAGGUUGUGAUUGAUGCGUUUCGUCUUAUUAACCCACAAACGAUGAUGCUUGGCCAAGAACCACGACAGACAACAUCCAACCUUGGGCAUCUUAACAAACCAUCCAUCCAAGCACUGAUCCAUGGGUUGAAUCGGCAUUAUUACUCAAUAGCAAUUAAUUACAGGAAGAAUGAACUCGAGGAGAAGAUGUUGCUUAACCUUCACAAGAAGAAAUGGACUGAUGGCUUGACCCUUAAGCGAUUUGAUAACCAUUCCAAAACUAAUGAGCAGACUGUUCAGGAGAUGCUUAACUUAGCUAUUAAAUACAACAAGGCAGUGCAGGAGGAAGAUGAGUUGCCACCUGAGAAGCUUGCAAUAGCAAAUGUGGGGAGGCAGGAUGCAAAGAAGCACCUUGAAGAGCAUGUCUCCAACCUGAUGUCAUCAAAUAUAAUUCAAACUCUGGGAACGAUGCUCGAUACAGUUGUGUUCUAGAGUCCAGUGUGUCAAGUCCUAGCCUGCGUUAAUCUCUUGGGAGGCAAUUAGAAAAGUAUUGCUUGAGAUGGGUUUGUACUUUUUUGAAGUUGAACUUAUUAGCAAUCAGCCCGAACCUUUUGGCAAUUGGCUCCAUCAUUUCCAGAUAGACCAAUAUUGCUUUAGUGGAACUGAAAGGUCAAGCAAGUGGUGCGUGCGGGUUUUAGCACCGUAUGAUUUUAUGAUUUUCUUGUUUCUCUAUACAUUUGUCUUAUUAGCAAGUUAUUACAUUGGAUUUCUUCAUUCAGUGCUUUGUAGCAAUACGGUUGUCGUUAAUCAAAGAACUCUUGGUAGAACGUGUUACCGCAAA